GUGUGCGCACUGUUCCACAAACAGCUGCGAACACAAACAGGACAACCAUGGCACGCAGAGCCUUUCCUCUUCUUUCCCAGUGGGCUUCUCGUGUUUUUGCAGUAGAGCUGAAUGGAGCUCCGUUUUACUUUACAAUUCAAGACAAGAUCCGCGGACCAGAGGAGGUUCCACGCGUGUUCAGUGAGGUCCACAGCUCCAACAGGUGCUACUCUGUCCUCAUCUGCGGCAUAAACAGAGUCAGAAAAGCCCAGUUCUAUGGGCAGCUCAGAGACAAACUGUUGAGAGACUUGCCUCCGGAGUGUGAUUUGUCUCCCAUGUGCUCAUAUUUGCCGAAUGUCAGGGGUUCUGUCGUCAAGGGCUAUUUUCUGACAGAUAACUCUGAGAGUCCAUCAUCCACAGAGCGACUUCUGAGGGAUUUAUUACAGAGGGACCCGGUGAUGGUGUGUUCAUACCUGAGAGCUGAGGAGGGUCCGCUGUGGACCCAGCAUCUGUGGGCCAGUGUGGGGAAGGGGGACAGGGGCUUUUAUUUUGUGGUUCCAUCAGAUGAGCCUCAACAACAUCCCUCAGUUCACAGCAUCUACAACACUGAUGUUUUCUACAGCUUUGAGGAGGCGCGCCAAGUUCUGAAGGAGUGCGCUGACAUCAUCCCGGAGGCGACGUCUGUGCUGGAGCUGCUGCCGAGCAGAGCCGCCACGGCCAGAAACAAACCAGAUUUCCCCGUCGUUGUCAUAGAAGGCCUGGAUGCCACAGGUAAGACCACUUUGACUGAAUCUCUGAGGGAUAGCCUUGGAGCCACUCUUCUGCGGUCCCCUCCCCAGUGCCUGUCCCCCUGGAGGGCCCGCUUUGAUCAGGAGCCCCCCCUCAUCCGCAGGGCCUUCUACGCCCUGGGGAACUACAUCACAGCAGAACAAAUGGAGCAGGAGGCCACGAACGCACCUGUCAUCGUUGACAGGUUCUGGCACAGCACAGCAUCCUACGCCAUCGCCACAGCGGUGAGCGGCCCGGUGUCCAGCCUUCCAGCGGAGGGUUCAGAGUUGUACCGUUGGCCCAGUGAUCUGGUCCAGCCCAGUCUGGUGGUCGUACUCACCCUGGACCCGGAGGAGAGGAAGAGGAGGCUGAGGGUCAGAGGUCAAGGAAAGACCGAGGAGGAGAAAGAGCUGGAUCACAACCAUCUGUUCAGACUCAGAGUGGAGGAGGCUUACCGGCGGAUCAGCGGCCCAGCAUGCAUCACUGUGGAUGCUAGUCCUUCUGCAGACCAAGUGCUCCAACAAGUGCUGCUUUUAAUUAGGGGCAAAUGCCACUUGUAAACAGUUUUCUAUCUCCCCUGCUGGCAGCCAAGCAUCAAGUGGAUGCAGUACCACUUGUCCCCACUGGGUGCCAGUAAGGUGUUAUGGAUGUGAAACUCUGAUGGAUAAAGGCAGAUUGGAGUGUAAAGAAGAGAUUGUAUUCUGAAUGAGUAAAGGUUGAGUGGCCAGGGGCCAGAGCUGCAUACAAGAAUCAGAAAUACAUAUUCAUAUAGACACACACAUACAUGCAUGUGCAAAUUCCAUUACACACACACACACACACACACACACAAACACACACACUCACACUAUGAUACUGUCAAGUAAAAGUGUGCGUUUAACUGCUGUUUUGACCUCUCAGAAAUCAGACACAGUGUAGGCUUCAGACAUAGGAAGGCUGCCCUUAUUGACAGCCGCCUCUAUUCAGUCCAGCACAGCGGAGACAAACACUCACAUAAGGACUGGUCUCAUGGAGAACAUCGAAACACAAUAACAGGAUAAAUUCUUACUUUUUAAUCCAGUUUAUAUUCAGAGGAAGUGUUCUGAACAUGUCAAAGAAAUGUAAAACUGUUUCAUAUUAAAGAAAAAUUACACUAAAUCUGAUGGUCUCGAAAAGUCUGUGUCUUCUGUAAGCUUAGAAUAAUUGUAGAUACGUCUAGUUUUAUGUGUAUAGAGUUUAUAUGUGCAUAGAAUUUUUGUUAUUUUACUUUUCUUAUAUUUUUUCUUACAUUUUUGUAUUUAUCUUAUCCUAGAAGGACAACAAGUGCCAACAAAAGCAUCCUUGUAUGUGUUUACGUACUUGGCAGAUAAAGCUGAUUCUAAUUCUGAUCCUUUUUUAACAUACAUCUGAGUUUUACCUUGUUUUUUUUCCAUUUAUUCUGUGAACACGCUGCAAAAAUAAAAAUCUUACCAAGUGUAUUUU